UGUCAAGUUUGACAUUAUAUUAGACAUUUCUUGUAAUUUUCCGGCUUUUUUAUUGUAAAUUGUUUUAUUGACAUUAAGGUAUGGUGAAAUUGCUUUUAAAGGUAUUAGGAAAAACUAACAUAAAUUGUACAAGUAAAUCGCUGAUUUGUAAUUAUCUAAACUUACUGUCUCAGACAAAAACUAUUAGUACAAGUCGCAAAAUGUUUAAAUCAGCUGUUUUUAACCUUCAAGAAGCAACGAAGGACCAAGUCGAGGAAUUUUUAAAUUCCUUCGACACUGUUUUGACUGACUGUGAUGGUGUCCUUUGGAUAGAUAACAAUGCCAUACCCGGAGCGCCGGAAGCUAUGAAUUAUUUCCGUAAAUUAGGCAAGAAGAUAUUCUAUGUCACAAACAAUUCCACCAAGAUUCGCAGUGAAUUUGCUGCUAAGGCCCAACAGCUGGGUUUUGUGGCUACACCGGAAGAAAUCCUAUCCACGGCGUAUCUAGCAGCUCAUUAUCUGAAAGGUAUUGGAUUCACAAAGAAGGUUUAUCUAAUUGGAUCAAAUGGAAUUGGAGAUGAAUUAAAAGCUGUUGGUAUAAGACACUUGGGCAUUGGACCCGAUCCAGUGAAGGUGGAUUUUAAAAAUUUAAAACCAACUGAGCAAGAUCCAGAAGUAGGGGCCGUAGUGGUUGGUUUUGAUGAACAUAUCAGCUAUCCUAAAUUCAUGAAGGCAGCUUCUUAUUUAGCCAAUGAAGAAUGUCUUUUCAUUGCGACAAACACGGAUGAAAGGUUCCCUAAAGGAGGGUCUAUUGUUGUGCCUGGUACAGGCACGUUAGUAAGAGCUGUAGAGACUUGUUCUGAAAGAAAGGCUCUAGUGCUAGGCAAACCACACGCAUAUGUCAGGAAGUAUCUGGAAUCAUGUGGCUUGGACCCUGCUAGAACACUGAUGAUUGGUGACAGAUGUAACACAGACAUCGAACUAGGUGUGCGUUGUGGCUUCCAAACACUCCUGGUACUCACUGGUGUCACUAGUGCAAAGGAUUUAGAAAAAUUGCGUAAUGAGAAGAAGCCUCCACUGCCUGACGUAGUUCUACCAAAGUUAGGUGAUAUAGUUGAGCUUGCAAAGUCAUAGUACAAUUUACUACUAUUAGUAUCAUAUUUUAUAUUAUAUAACUAAUUAAAGAAUUAGCGCAAUUUGUAGAGCAAUUGUAUUGUGAUAAUGCCAAUUAAGAGUUAUUCAAGUGUUUGUAUUUACACCUUUAAUUUAUUUUUAUUUGUAUUCGAAUCAAAAGCUAAGAGAAUUAGUGCUGGCAGAUAGAAUGGCAUUUAGAAUCAUCUGUGUGUGUACUUAAAACAGACCUCGCAGUUUAGGGUAAGUACACGGUUACAUAUAAUUAGGUAUUUGUAAUUUUAUACAUAUAUUAUGUACUCUUUGAUACUUGCCACAACUAAUUCAAUUAUUAUAAUAGUACAUAACGCGAAAGAUGUUGGCAGCACGGAAUAACAUACUGGAACAUCGAUUAUAAUGACAAUAAAUUUAAUUAUAUCUACGUAAGGAUUAAAGAAUGUACAAAUAUUUUUAAAUAGGUUUUAAUAGGUAUUUCGUGUAACGGAAGUCCUCAAGUGGAGAGUGUACUGUUUUUUUAACAAUUAUAUUUAAUGUAUUUUUAUAUUUUCGGUGUGAGAUUGCAUUUUGGGCGUUCCGUGUUGCCUUUUUUCAUACUAAUCAAUACCUCAGUGAGCAGUAUACUUACUACGUAAUGAAGAUAUUAUGCACUAAGUAUUUGUACCUAAUAGUCAUCACUUGCUUUGAAGUGGAUGUUGUAUCUCGUUUUAGGACAAUAUACAAUCGGAAUUGUCAACAUUGUUGUAGAGACAGCUUUUAAUAAAAACACAUGUUUAUAAA